AAAAGCGCCUUUGUCAACGGUCGUAGCAGGCAAAUCAUCAUUAAAGAUAUGGAAAGGAGAAUCACGCGAGGGGAUUUCGAAGCUGAGAAAGAAGAAGCCAUCAAAGUGCCCUCCGCCUUUUCCUACCACUUUCCCCUUCAACCUCCUUCCCCCCCCCCACUAAACUCAGCUUUCCUCCGCCUCCCUAUCCUUGUAAUCCCUUCUCUCGUUAUACCCUACUAUCACUACUCCCCACUUCCUAGGGUAUCGCUGCGAGGUUAACUAACGUACAAAAAUUUGGAAUACAUGCAGAUUGUGUGCGACAUUGCUAGAGAUAGAGCCAACAAACUCACCCCCAAAAAAGCCGUA